AACCGUAACGAGUACUUUAGAGCAGAGGUGCCAGAUGAACACACCUAAUAUGCAUUGCUUUUUCAGUGGGCAAAGUUUAAAAUCACCAUAACUUGCAUUACUUUCAUAUGUUCGUGUAACAGUGUUUGUUUACAUACAACACCCAAAUCGAACUAUUCAAAUUUUUUCGAAAGUUCUUUUCUGACCGGUUAAUUAAUAAUAAUCCGCUGCUGCACCCUCGAAUAUAUUUAAAGAAAAAGCCACCGCCACCGAAAGAUGAUUAAUACAACGCGUUCGCCCAGUGUGUCGUCAACAAUUGAUAGCAAGGUCGGUAUUUUGUGGCUGCAAAGCUCGGGUGAAGCUGCCCAUCGGAAUGUUCUGCUUCCAUUAGGACGCCACGGCCAAGGCAAGUUUGAUGUUCGCUCACGCAUCGGUCAGCAGGGUCAGCAUCUGAUCACGUUCGAGAGCCUCGAUGCGAACCGAUACGCCUACACGGACUACACAACAGCUUUUACAACUUGUCCAAUAUCAAAGGACCCUCCUGCUGGAACUCGAACCGGGCUUACAAGUAAAAAGAACUCUGGCCCCAGCGAAGCUCUCAAGUUCGACUAUGAACAGACUGAAAAUAGAAACCAUUUCGAAUGGUAUCCUUUCAUGAUCCACAUCGAUUUGGUCAUAUUGGUCAAUUUAGUCCAUUCUGGGCAGAAAGGAAUAGGAUUGACUUCCGAUAGGCACCCUAUUUAUUACAUUUGGGAUGAACUCAUCUUGCCGUACCUCACCCUAGACAUGGAAUGGGCCAAACAAAAUUUAGCAUCUCACGCUUGCAUCAGGGCGUUGAAUUUAUUCUGGAAGAACGAUACUCCAGUGGUCCAUAACUGUCAGUAUCCGGGACCAACCUCCACCAUCCAGAAAUGUUGUCGCUCAUCCGAUUCGAAAUGUAGAAAGAAUCAAGUAACUUUCAUCCUUAUCAGUCCUGAAUGGUAUCUUAUCCAGUUAUAAAGAGCUCUCUCAAGGCGAAUCAACUGUUCCACCACAAGCCUCCUAGGCAACAGCGCACGUGUAAAUCGCUCCUACCUGUUAUACACUUAACCUUCAACAGAACCAGAUCAAGCUGCACUUCACUCCCAGACCAUGAAAUUACAAUGACAUUUUUGGACAAAACAUACCACAGGUCAAAUGAUGAGCUCGAACUAUCUAUUCUUGAGUUACUUGAGUUGGUGUUUUUAUAUUGUAAUAUUUAAUUCUAUACUCAUGUUCCUAAUUGAUUUUAAAAAUAUAUUUUACUUAUCAUUGGACUCUAUGCUAGAAUUAUUGAUACUCUAUUCUCGCUGCCUUCACUCCAACGUUUGUUCCCAGAGCAAACGUUAAAUUAUUUGAAACACAUGGUUGGAGACCUUUUUGCCUUUCUAACAGAAAGGUAUAGUUAUCGGUCGAUUUGGGAGAUCCUUAAUUUUGGGUCUUAGAUAUACCUUUAUAGGUACCUAUCGAAUCAGCUCGACGAGUUCUGUCGAUGUCAGUGUAUUUGUAUGUAUUGGUGUGAUUUUUUUAUAAACUUUGUCACUACGUUUUUGCGAAACUGGGAAGUACAAUAAAAAUGAUUUUUGUCUUAAAAAAUUUGAUUUUUUUCCCUCUUCAAUGUAU